CCCUGUCAGUCCCGUAACCACCCUACUUCUCCUCCCAAACUCUACAAUAAUCCCCUUCAGCCUCUCAAUCUUCUCUUCUAGUGCCUUAAUCUCACCCUCCUGCUCCGCCACAUCCCGCUGCAUAUCCGGCAAUGCCGCCAACGCCGCCUUGGCCUUUUGAAUGCGAAUUUUCACCGCGCUAGCUUCCGACAGCAGCAACUUUGGGUCCAAAAAAGCAACUGCAGCUGCGUCUAUGGUAUUGGGACGCGCAGCGGUUGCAUUGGCAGACGACGCUCCGUGGCCCGGCCCGGGUCCGCCGAUAGCUGAUGAUGGUCCGUCAUUGCCGCCUGUAGAGGUUGGGUCUGCGGGGUGUUGGUGCGGGUCUGAAGAGCUUGAGGAAAGGCGAAGGAGGAGGUCGUGGAGCGCGGGGAGGAUAUCGAAGGUUUGUGGAGGAGGGAAGGGGGCGGGUUGUGCGGUGUCUUGCGGCUCCGGCUGGAGUUGGGGCUGGGUCUGGGAUUGGAAUUGCUGGGAGAAGCUGGGUGUCGCGGGUGAGGAUGUGCCUGUGGCCGGUUGGAGGGAGGAGGCUUUCUGGCCUGGGAGGGAGGCGGAGGUGGGUGUUCGCGAAGAUGCCAUUAUAAUAAUCUCUGGGUGCUCCCGCCUAGUUCCGGGUUGUAGGUUAGUUAAUUGUUAUGGUUGUGAUGCAGAAGCCCUUGAGCCGCCCUAGCUGCCGCCGUUGUCAUCAGCAAGUGUGGUGGUGGCGCGCAAGGCAAACUACCAAAAUGCCCCUCCUCCCCCGCCAACAUUUAUUUCUCCUCCAUACACAUACAUCUUUGCACAUAGAUAAUACACUAUUACCAGUUAAAUCGCUAAACAUAACCAAUUGCUGCCCUUAUGUUAAUCAAUUGGCGACAAUAAUUUACUAAUUAUCUCUGUACCCUCGACAUUCCUCGUCACCAUGGCCAAGGUCGACCAAAAAACUGUGUUGAUCGUUAUUGACGGCUGGGGUAUUGCUGGCCCCGACUCCCCUCCUGAUGGGGACGCAAUCGCCGCUGCUGACGCUCCCGUCAUGUCCUCCUUCGCCGACUCCAAUUCCAAAACUGCACAGGGCUAUACCGAGCUCGACGCCUCCUCCCUUGCCGUGGGCCUCCCCGAAGGCCUCAUGGGAAACAGUGAGGUGGGCCAUCUGAACAUUGGCGCCGGCCGCGUUGUCUGGCAGGAUGUCGUACGCAUCGACCUAACCCUGAGGAAAGGAGAGAUGAACAAAACCGAGAACAUCGUCAAGUCGUUCCAGAAGGCGAAAGAUGGCAAUGGGCGAUUGCAUCUGCUCGGCCUCAUCUCUGACGGCGGUGUCCAUUCGCACAUCAACCAUCUGUUCGGACUACUACAGGUGGCUAAGGACAUGCAGGUUCCCAAGGUCUUUAUCCAUUUCUUUGGUGAUGGGAGAGAUACGGAUCCAAAGAGUGCGACUGGGUAUAUGCAGCAGUUGCUUGAUAAGACCAAGGAAUUGGGUGUGGGUGAGUUGGCGACUGUGGUUGGGAGAUAUUAUGCUAUGGAUCGCGAUAAGCGGUGGGACCGUGUCGAAGUCGCUAUGCACGGGCUCGUUACUGGCGAAGGAGGGGAGGAAUCGACGGAUCCGGUCAAGACCAUCCAAGAGAGAUAUGAGAAAGGGGAGAAUGAUGAGUUCUUGAAGCCAAUUAUUAUUGGAGGAAAGGAGAGGAGAAUCCAAGACAACGACACGCUCUUCUUCUUCAACUACCGCUCUGACCGUGUGCGGGAAAUAACGCAGCUCCUAGGGGACGUGGACCGAUCGCCCAAACCAAACUUCCCUUACCCCAAAGACAUCUCUAUCACAACGAUGACCCAAUACAAGACAGACUACAAAUUCCCCAUCGCCUUCCCCCCACAGCACAUGGGCAAUGUUCUCGCAGAAUGGCUGGGCAAACAAGGUCUCAAACAAUGCCACGUCGCCGAGACAGAGAAAUACGCCCAUGUCACCUUCUUCUUCAACGGCGGCGUCGAGAAGCACUUCCCUGGCGAGGAGCGGGAAUUAAUCCCGUCUCCCAGAGUAGCGACCUAUGACCUCGACCCGAAAAUGAGUGCUGCUCCCGUUGCGGAUAAACUCGCUGAACGUAUUGGGGAGAAGAAAUUCGAGUUCCUGAUGAACAAUUUCGCCCCACCAGACAUGGUGGGUCAUACCGGAGUGUAUGAAGCUACCAUUGAGGCCGUGACGGCCACGGAUAAGGCUAUUGGACGGGUUUUCGAAGCCUGCAAGCAGAAUGGAUAUAUUCUUUUCGUUACUGCUGACCAUGGGAACGCCGAAGAGAUGAAGAACGCUGAGGGAACACCCAAAACGUCACAUACGACCAACAAAGUUCCCUUCAUCAUGGCUAAUGCCCCAGAGGGAUGGAGCUUGAAGAAGUCCGGUGGCGUUUUGGGUGAUGUUGCGCCAACCAUCCUCGCGGCCAUGGGCAUUGAACAGCCCAAGGAAAUGACGGGACAAAGUCUUCUCGUCAAGGCUUAGAAUGAUUCUCUUUUUGUGUUGAGUGUAGUAUCAGCAUAGAGAUAGACGGUCUGUAUUCCUUUCUUCGAAUGGGAUAUAGACGCGUGGUAGAGCUAUGACCAGUGCAUAUUUUGGCAAUAUCUUAAUUUAUAGUCGAAUAUCUUUUUUGUUAAAAUUUUCUAGUCUUGGGGAAGUCCAUGGUAAAGCACGUUGAUGUGACCGCAACUUGCGGGAUAUGUGUGUGUCAUUGAGCGAUGAUAACUCUGAACAGCUGCUGUCCUUUUCUCGGUGCAGAUAAACAAUUUGAAGCAAAUGCGGGUGCAUGCUAUAUUCAGGAAAAAUAGUGCGCUAAACAAAUACGCCGUUUUAACCCUCUUUUCCCUUUGUCAACCUCUGCUAUUGGCACUGCUCUGUUGUCUUUGCAGCUCCCUGCGCUUGACCGUAUUCCUAAAUCUGUCAAUUGCAUUUGUCUUGGUCGCCAAUGAAUCUAGUUCCUCAGUCGCAAUCGGUUCCCUUAUAGGGAAUUUAACCUAGAACAUUCCCAGGAUACAUAUAGUGGGGCAAAUGCUCCCAAGGCUCGGAACGGUUUCGUAAUAAUCCAGUGUUACAGAGGGAAGAUAUGGCUCUGGGCAAAGGAACUGGACCUGGUCAUCAAGUCAUUAUAUUUAUAUAGGACCGUAUUGAUUGUCACUAUCAGGCAGUAGCUGUGCCUUCUGGAGGCUGUUGCUGUUGUAAUUGCGUUUGUAGUUGAAUAAUCUGCGAGAGAAAGGAUCAGACAGGUGCUAUAAAAUGAGACGCUGACCAAGGGUGGUGCAUACCUCAAUCUUCUUUUUCUCGCUCUUCUCUUGAAUAUCACAUAUUUGCUUUUCGAUUCGAGUUCUAGUCAUCUCUCAAGUUAGCGAUACAUGUUGGUGAACGAAGAAAUGUAAUGCCCUUGUAGACAGGGCAAAUAUCCUUGCGAGUGGAAGGGGUGUUAAGGCGUGCACACACAUCUCCUUUUCGAUAAAACCCAGACGUCCGUCUACAGCCAUCACGGCAUCAUGCUUAUCUUGCUUAAGAAGAAUCGGGCCAACCAAUUUGUAUAUGUUCGCGUCGCUUUCAAGGGACUUGAAUUCCUGUGUAGAGGGGUAAUUCGAGAAUAUGUCAAUGUGAUAGUCCCAAC